CUGUUCAGUCAGGAGACAGUAAUGAAGUUUGUGCCACGGUAUAGCCUCGUCCUGGAAAUCAGUGACAGCGGUGCCAUCCGGAGAAGUCUGCAUGAUCCUGAUGGACUGGUGGCCACCUAUGUGAGUGAGGCACAUGAACAUGAUGGACAUCUGUACUUGGGCUCCUUCAGGUCCCCCUUCAUCUGCAGACUCAGCCUCCAGUCUGUUUAGCCAGCCCAGCAGCUGCUCCCACCUUGCAUGCCAGGAAUCAUCACACUCAGCCACCUUCCUGGUCCAGAAGGAGCUGUGGACAUAGCUCUGUUGGCGUUCCUGUCAGUCCACUGAAUUACGGUGGGAAUAGCUGCUACAAUCCCGAGAAUGUGAGAGUCCCCAAGGGAUGCCACUCAUCUGGAUUUGAUGGCACCUCUAAUUAGAGGGAAACAGCAUAUCUGCUGUGGGGAAGAUGAGUUCAUGGAAAGCCAUUUUUUCUUUAAAAAAUUGCUCUCUUAAGUACAAGAAUUCUCUAGGACUUGUAAAACUUUAUAUACUUUUCACAGGGCUCAGGGUUUAGUGGUUAGAGCAGCAGAUGAGCUGCCCAUAGACGUUACUGUUGCUGCUGGAUCUGUCUGCCAGCCUGAGUGUCUUCAUUCUAAAGUUGUCAUGCUUUGGCGGAUGGCAUGGAAGGGCCAGUGCAGGUGUGUUGAGGCUGUCUGUAGGGAUCAUACAAAUUGAAGCUUAGAUUGCCCCCGGGCUGUGUGGGAUGCAGACCCUGGGCUCCUGGUAUUCAUCUACAGUUGAGAGGUGCCAGCUUCCCUUCACACAGUUUUUCAAGACGCCUGUUCCAGUGGCUGAGAGGACUUCAUGGGGCUUUUUCUGUGACUGCUUACCUGCUCUAACGGAAUUGGGUGACCCAGCAAGUCAGUACCUACACAGGAGUGCAUUUGGGAGUAUUCUUUCUAUGCCUUGAUUUCUCACCUCUAGACCUACAGGU